AUGGACUGUCCGGUUUGCCGGGUGCUCAGGGAGCCUCCGGUCCUCGGGAGGGGUCGAUCUCCCUGGCCCGCUAACCCCGCGGCCAGAGGUUCCGAGCAGCCGUGGCCGGCGUUGCUGGGUAAGGGAGAUGGCUGGGGCUCAUGCUCGCCGUGGGUCCCUGCUUCUGUGCCGCCCUAUCCUGGCUCUAACCCCUUGCUGUCUCUGCAGUUCACAGCGAAGCAGCUGGAGAAGCUCGCCAAGAAAGCUGAGAAAGACUCCCAGGCCGAGCAAGCCAAAGUCAAAAAGGCCCUUCAGCAGAAGAACGUGGAGUGCGCUCGUGUUUAUGCGGAGAAUGCCAUCCGCAAGAAGAACGAGGGGCUUAACUGGCUCCGCAUGUCUUCCCGGGUGGAUGCGGUGGCCUCCAAGGUCCAGACAGCCGUGACAAUGAAGGGGGUGACGAAAAACAUGGCCCAGGUGACCAAGGCCUUGGACAAGGCUCUCAGCUCCAUGGACCUGCAGAAGGUGUCUGCGGUGAUGGAUAAAUUCGAGCAGCAGGUUCAGAAUUUGGAUGUUCAUACGUCG